UUUGAUAUAUGGAAACGAAAUGAAGCAUACUAUGAUUUUGUAGGUUGGUGUGUGUUUCAUUUAAGAAAGGUAUUUCUUGGGGUUAUUCCUAGGAAAAAUCAAAUAUUGUUUUAUUGUUUUAGAUGUGCUAUGGGUUGUGUCUUAUAUGAAUACUUGGAAUUGAACAAAAGUAUGUUCUCAUGACACCUAUGUGAUUAAUAAAUACUGGAUUCAAAUAUUUAGAAGGAAAAUAUGUUAUUAUUCUUGGUUCCAUUAGAUCACGUACAUUUCCAUUUUUCUUUUGAUUACUUCUUGAUAUCAUAGUUUUCAUGAUUAUUUUUCUUCUAAGAUUUUUGUUUCUUGUACAAAUAGACUUAUUUUAUUUGCCAUUCUUGAAUAGAACGAAGAGUCUUACGAACCACUAUCUAAUGGAUGUUGGUAAAGGAUCAAAUAAUGCCAAAAAAGUUAGAAUUCCAAUACACGCUUCACAUAUUUUCUUGCAUAAAUUUUUAUACACUUCUAUAUAUUUGUAUACACUUUUCACAUAUUUCAACCCAUCCUUGACCACCACCCAUUGGACAGUGGUUAGCAUUUUGUUUAAAAGAAUUCAAAGAUAUUUUUCACCAACACAUUCUCUCUCUCCCUCUCUCUCUCUCUCUCUCUUAUUUGGACUUCAUUGUUUGGUUUCAUUUUCACUGCAGAUGGGAUGAAGACGUAAAUGGGUAUGAAAGGAAUUCAGAUGGAGGAAGAAUUGCAAACUGAAGAUAAUGAAGACAACAUUGUGAAGCUUUGGAGCUCACAAUAAUAUCUGCAAUAAUUAUAUCAAAACUUGAUUUGUUAGUUCACAUUUUUCUUCAGUACUCUAGUAUCUUAUUUCUAUGGAGGAGGAGGUGAUUGAUAUCCCGGCAACCCCAGAGCCAGAGGAAAUUGUGCUCGAAGGUGAUUUUUCAAAAACAAACUCCGCAGAGGAGAUGAUUGAUAUCACAGCAACCCCAGAACCAGAGGAAAUUGUGCUCGAAGGUGAUCAUUCAAUGAGUAACUCUGCAGAGAAGAUGAUUGAUAUCUCAGGAACUCCAGAGCCAGAGGGAAUUAUGCUCGAAGGUGAUCAACAUUCGAGGCACUCCACUGGAAACUUAAUUAUUUCAAAGAGAGAAGUGAAAGUCCUACCCCGUUAUCUCACUGGUUCAAUGGGUUCGUGCCAUGAUUAUUGCAAAUAUGGUAUAGAACACAACCUCGAGAAAAAGGCAAGGCAUCCCAGUCUAAAAACAAUCAAAGCAAAGGCAGGUGAACGCCGAUAUCAGCCUGAAAUUAUAAUUCUAGAAGUGAAAAACAAGAAACCGUUGAUCAGCUCAAAGCCUUUGGCCGAUUCCAAGAGCCAAACAACUCAUGACAAACACCAAGUCAUUGAGAAAGAAGCUCCGGUAUUAGCCAAGAAGAUAGCUGUAUUGGCCAAGAAAGUACCUGUAUCUUCAAAACCUUUCUUCUCACCUGGUGACAGAAUCGAUGUUUCUGCAAAACACGUGAAUGAUUUAAGGCCAAAACCUGUGCAAACAAAGUCAUCUCCUUUCUCAUCACCAGGGCGUUUAAGCACUAGAAGAUACAGUGAAAUCCUUCCAUGGAAUGGAGGUCUUCAAGCAAGUCUGGUGAGAGGUUUAAGCAGUAGAAGGCACAGUGAUACCGGCAUAACUAAGGAAAUGAGGACUUUAAAACUCAGAAAGAAAAACAAUUUGUUGCCACCAGCUGUUUUUCCACCUCCUCCUAGGCCUCUUAUCAAGAGAGAAUUGACUGCAAAGUCUGGGCAACGUAAGGAACUGAAACAAGUUUAUCGUCUGAAAAGUCAGAAUGGUGUUAGAAGAGCUGAACCCAAGCAACCCAUUGCUGAAAAAGUUCCAGAAAAGAUGAUAUACGUCGUUACAACAAAACCUGUGAACCUAACUGUGGGAGUCACAAAAAAUGGUAACAAAAAAUUGGAACAACAUCGACAUGGAAUGCCAACCUCUCAAUCACUCCCAUCCACUGAGAGCAAGAAACUGAGACACACACAAAAUGGUAUUCACAGCAAUCAAUCAUCUUCAUUGUCACUUCUGUCCUCUGAGAAGAAAACUUUGAGACAUACUAAAAAUGGGAAUCGUAAUGCUCCAUCAUCUGCAUCUUCACUAUCCUUAUUGUCAUUAUCCGGGUCUAUGAAGAAUGACAAAAAAGACCCCAUCUCUGAAGGCAGUGGAACUAAAACUGAGAACCGAAUGGCAAGUCACACUAAGAGGCCUAGAAGGGUUGUGAGAGUUAGCUCGGAAAUCAAAGUUUGCACACCCAUGAAACUUAAUUUCACUAGAGGAAAGGUGAUUGAGGUCCAGCCUAGGAACCAUAUUCCAAGGAUACUCAGAUUUAAACAAAGAAGGGUUCUGGGUGAGAACCACAGUGGCAAGGCUGAUAUUAAGCAGAUAAACUUCAGGAAAAUAGUUGGUACUGCUGAUUUAAAUGGUUCUGAAACCAAAUCUACAAAUUUUAUUCUUAGACACCAGUCUGUAGAAGGAAAGAAAGAUGCUCAGAGUCUGUUGAACAAUGUGAUUGAAGAGACUGCAAGCAAGCUUGUUGAGACCAGGAAGAGCAAGGUUAAGGCUUUGAUGGUUGAGGUCCAGCCUAGGAAUCAUAUUCCAAGGAUACUCAGAUUUAAGCAAAGAAGGGCACUGGGUGAGAACCACAGUGGCAAGGCUGAUAUUAAGCAGAGAAGCUUCAGGAAAAUAGUCGGUACUGCUGAUUUAAAUGGUUCUGAAACCAAAUCUACAAAUUUUAUUCUUAGACACCAGUCUGUAGAAGGAAAGAAAGAUGCUCAGAGUCUGUUGAACAAUGUGAUUGAAGAGACUGCAAGCAAGCUUGUUGAGACCAGGAAGAGCAAGGUUAAGGCUUUGAUGGUUGAGGUCCAGCCUAGGAAUCAUAUUCCAAGGAUACUCAGAUUUAAGCAAAGAAGGGCACUGGGUGAGAACCACAGUGGCAAGGCUGAUAUUAAGCAGAGAAGCUUCAGGAAAAUAGUCGGUACUGCUGAUUUAAAUGGUUCUGAAACCAAAUCUACAAAUUUUAUUCUUAGACACCAGUCUGUAGAAGGAAAGAAAGAUGCUCAGAGUCUGUUGAACAAUGUGAUUGAAGAGACUGCAAGCAAGCUUGUUGAGACCAGGAAGAGCAAGGUUAAGGCUUUGAUGGUUGAGGUCCAGCCUAGGAAUCAUAUUCCAAGGAUACUCAGAUUUAAGCAAAGAAGGGCACUGGGUGAGAACCACAGUGGCAAGGCUGAUAUUAAGCAGAGAAGCUUCAGGAAAAUAGUCGGUACUGCUGAUUUAAAUGGUUCUGAAACCAAAUCUACAAAUGUUAUUCUUAGACACCAGUCUGUAGAAGGAAAGAAAGAUGCUCAGAGUCUGUUGAACAAUGUGAUUGAAGAGACUGCAAGCAAGCUUGUUGAGACCAGGAAGAGCAAGGUUAAGGCUUUGAUGGUUGAGGUCCAGCCUAGGAAUCAUAUUCCAAGGAUACUCAGAUUUAAGCAAAGAAGGGCACUGGGUGAGAACCACAGUGGCAAGGCUGAUAUUAAGCAGAGAAGCUUCAGGAAAAUAGUCGGUACUGCUGAUUUAAAUGGUUCUGAAACCAAAUCUACAAAUGUUAUUCUUCGACACCAGUCUGUAGAAGGGAAGAAAGAUGCUCAGAGUUUGUUGAACAAUGUGAUCGAAGAGACUGCAAGCAAGCUUGUUGAGACCAGGAAGAGUAAGGUAAAGGCUUUGGUGGGUGCUUUUGAAACCGUGAUCUCCCUCCAGGAUACCAAAUCCUCAGCAACAAACUAGUGCAUCCUGAGUUGCUAAAGAUGGAGAAAGAUUUGACUUGAGAACACUUGGAUAAGAAGUUGGCUGUCUGUGCUGUUCUGCGUGUCUGUCUUCUCAAUGGUGCAUUUCUCAUUUGUUUUUUCUGUCCUUUCUCAUUAUUUGUUAAUUCAUUUUAUACUUCAUGAGAGAGGCAAAUUUAAACAUGUAUGUAUAUUGUGCAAAGCUAUGUCCAUACAGCUAUUGUGAUUUUUUUUUUUCUCCCUUCUUUGGAGUGUCUAUUAGAAUAAUCCAUUGUUCAACAUGGAAAUCAUGGUGUAAGUUUGCUAUACUGCUAUGUAUGUUUCAAAACAGAUAUGACUGUUUUUACUCAUCUGCAAUAUAAGUUACAUACUAUUUACCUUA